UCCCAUCUUUGACAAACAAAAAACCUAACUCCAUUUUCUCUUCCCACUUGAGAUCUUGGAAUGUUGAAACCCUGGGCAACAUCGGAGCCUAGGCCGCCGGUUCCGAGCAGGCCAAGGUCGAGGAGGCUGAGGCCCAGGCUAUGACCGCGACCAUGGCGGUCGAGCCCCAAAGCUUUCCCAACCUCAAGGAGGCCGUCAAUUCCAAGCCCAAGAAGAAGAAAGGAACCACCAUCAUGCUUUCUGAGUUCAAUCAUGGCGGUUUUGACCAGGGCCAUAUGCGCCCCGAGAUGCACACCCUUCCCACCGGUCCCAAGGAGCUUUCCACAGAGGAAAUGCAGUUCAACCGCCUUGGUGGCGAUUUCUCCUCCUAUGACUGAUCUGGUGGUCACGACCGCGACCGCGACACCGACAACAACGAAGGUUCAUGGGUCAGAGGAGGUGGAAGAUCUUACGGUGGAUUCAACAAGGAGCCCAGGGAUCCGAAUCCUAAGGUGGUGGGUGAUGGGGUCUCUACAUAUUCAGUUUUUGGGGAGGGUACGAAUCACCUCUAGCGAUGGUGAAGUUGGUCGGCUAAAUACAGGGGGAGGUGUUGAGUGUCAUAUUUGACUGGAAGCAAUAUGCCUAUUGGUUUGCUAUCACCAAAGGAGUAGGAAGAAAUCUUGUAGCUUUUUUCCAAUGGAAAGGUAUUGGAUAUAAUAUAUCUAUCAAAUAAAAAAUAUUAAUACUUGAUAGUGUUUUUCCGUUGGAUAUUCUU